AUGUCCGAAAUCGAUUCACCGAACACAUCCAGAGAGUUGAAGGACCUAACUGAAUGCCCAGUAUGUCUGGAACGCUUUGUACAGCCUGUGCAACUAAGUUGUGGGCAUUCGUUUUGUAACAGUUGUGUCGAGAGGAUUACUCGAUCUGGAAAAGUAAUAUGCCCACAAUGCCGUCACGAAACUAGCGUGCCUUCCGAAGGAUUAGCGAUCAGUUACCGUUUAAAAGAUCUUGUGGCGCUGGUCUCUAGAGUGGAGGAGGUGGGAAGCAGUUCUACUGAUGCUCAAACUCAAAUGGAUUUUGACGAGAUAAAUACCGACACCCCGCAGAACGGAGCCCAGGAAUCUGAUGGAAUGAUGAUGUGGCGGCUUGCUACCGUGUUUAAAUUUGAAAUACUCUGUGCUGCGCCAUGGGGUGAGAAUUUGCUGAUAGGAGCCGAUGGCGGCCUCAUGUUAUGCGAAUUUGAUCGGAGUCGUCAAAGCAAAGUGUAUGAGCUGAUUACUCAGCGUCGCUUUGAGCAGUUGGCCGUACUGAAGGAAGAAAAUCUGCUUAUUACAAUUUCUGGAAAGAAGCGAAGGAUAAGGAUAUACAAUCUGAGUUGGCUAAUGCAAAAGCUUGUGGACGCAAAGGGUUCCGCAAGGGGAGCACCGGUACAAAAACGCUGGAAGAAUCUUGACGACUUGCAGGGCGCUCAACAUUUCAAAUCAGUCUGCUAUGAAAAUCAAGAGUACUUGGUUGUUGGCUUGGAGUUUAGUAUUAUAAUAUACAUGUGGGAAUCUGGGCCCCAUUCUAAGUUCGUGCCCUUUAAGUCUUUCGCAUCAUUGCCACAUUCGCCACUCAUCGUUGAUUUGACACUGGAAAAUCAUGUGCGUCUUAAAGUGCUAUAUGCUUCAGCUCAAGGUUUUCACGCUAUUGACCUUGAUUCCAGUUCGAUAUACGAUAUACACAUACCUUUUAAUAAAGAAGUUGUGCCUCGCUGCAUAGCCGUGCUUCCAAACAGUGCUGGAACACAGCUAGUUUUUUGCUACGACGAUAGAUGCGUUUAUGUUAACACUAACGGAAGAUUGUCAAAGAAAGUUGACCUGCGAUGGGUUGACACGACGUGUAAUGAUGUGAGUGUUGCCUACCUCUCCACAGGGAAAGUAGUGAGUUGGGGACCUGUAGCCAUAGAAAUUUACUCAGUCAAUACGAGCAACCUCGAUAUAGCUCUGAUGUAUGAAAAAACUUUCAAAUUUAGGUUUAUGUGUGAAUUUGAUGACGUGGUGUUCUACACCGUAGCGGAACCUGAUGGCUCUUCUUGCCGCAUAGAGGGUAUAAAAGGGAUUCAAUUCGCAGCCAUGCUGCAGUCUAAAAGUGAGAAUGGGUGCAUUCGUGUACCUCAACCUUCUUUGCAGGAAUACGGUGUGAUAACCAUGUAAGGUACAAUAAAAGAGGAAUACUGUAACAUUUUGUCCAUAGGAAUACUGUAACAUUUUUUCCAUAAGUGAAUCUAAGAUGUGUGAGCACACUUAUCUGUACCUUUACUUUGGAGCUAAAGUGUAUGCACAC